UGUGAUUGGUUCUUAGGCGCCUCACGGUUGUAAAAAUAUGGCGCUUUGAAAUCGGAUUAAUCUUUUUGAAUCACCCUGUACAUUGUAGUUUGUGACAUCACAAGAACAGUGAAUUCCAAACGGGCUGGUUUUAUAUGUGAGCGGUGUGGAUUGGGCACAUUUUGAAACUUUUAACAGUGCAUACAACAUAGAAAUUUAUAAAAAAGGGGAAGGUUUUGAGUUUUCCAUGUGGAGGUUUUUUUUUUUUUUAAAGGGAGAAGAAUAAAGAGUGCCGGAUGUGAGAAGUUCUGCUGAUGAGUGAUAAAAACACAAGUUCUCCUACAAUGAUGGAGUGCUGAAAGAGUUCUGUAACAGAAUAGAGGCCUAUAAGAAAAUGAAGAGAUCUUACACUUAUGGAAAUAUUACUCAGAGACUGGGGUGAGAUGAGUUAGACACAAGAGUUAAACCACAUGUGCGACAACAUUUUGAUCAAAGUGAGAAAAUCUGAGGGUUAUUAUUUCUCAGGAGCCAAAUAUCAGAAACAGGAGAAAAUGUCUCAAGUCUCACUCUGACUUCAAACUGGACCUCAUUUAGAAUAUUUCUUUCCUCUGGGGUCACACUUUUAACACAGGAUUUGUUUAAGUGUGUUUAAAUAAUGGUUUUCUGUUUUGCCAUAAAAGCUCAUUCCCCACCGCUUGGAUUUUCAUCACCUAGAAAAAAUGUGCUUCGUCAUGUGUGAGAAAUUCGCGGUGUGACGUCACGGACACAUGCCAGAUGGCGUAAUUUUUGUUUUUUCAGCGGGCGUGCAGUCCGCCUCGUGAGUUCCCCGUGUCAUUUCUUCAAAAUCACCAACUUCCCACCGAGUCUGGGAUAAACCUCUGCGGCUGCUGUGGAGAAGCAGCGCGUCUGUCUCAGUGCAGCCCGUGAGCAGCUCUUAUGAGACUCUCAGCUUUGUUGUUUUCCUACAAUACGUGCCAAAAGCGGAGACCACCUGAUAGACAGGCAAAGUGGAUAGGUUAAGCCACCAAAGCGGGAACUCUCAUCUCUGAACUCCCACCACUCGCCUUUUAGAGAAAGGAGGGAUUACAGAGGGAGUCAGCCUACAGACUGAGACUGUAACCGCAGCCUUACACCAGCUCCAUUCACACAUUUACGAUGCCUGCAGCGAGGAAAAUGAGAAAACCCGACAUUAAAAUGGUCAUCUUGGGCGACAUGAACGUGGGGAAGACGUCUCUGCUGCACAGGUACACCGAGAGGAGCUUUAAAGACACUCUGAGCACAGUCGGAGGAGCUUUCUUCCUGAAGCAGUGGGGUCCCUACAACAUCUCUAUCUGGGACACCGCAGGUAACAGUCGUGAGCAGUUCCACGGCUUAGGCUCCAUGUACUGCCGCGGUGCAGCCGCCAUCAUUCUCACCUACGACGUCACCAACUGGCAGAGCCUCUUGCAGCUGGAGGAACGCUUCCUUUCUCUUACAGACUCUGCCAACAGUGACUGCCUCUUCGCUGUGGUGGGCAACAAGGCUGACCUCACAGACUCGUACGCCCAGGUCGUAACCCCUGAGGAUGUUGGGCCGGAGGAAUCUGGCAUUUCAGCUGCCCCUUCUUGCCCAACCCCUCCACACACCCCUACCAUUCACAAGCAGGUUCACCGGGAGGACGCCAUGGCACUGUAUAACCGCAUAAUCCUCUACAAAACCCUGGACGAAGGCACCAGCCCUUUAGCGGAGAAGAUGUGCUUUGAGACGAGUGCCAAGACAGGCUACAAUGUGGACUCGCUGUUUGAGACACUUUUUGAGCUGGUCCUGCCAUCCAUCAUCCAAAAACAGGCACGGGUCAAGUCGCCUACUGUGUGUUUGGAAGACUAUGAGGAAGAGGGGAGGAAGAAGAAGCCUGACUGUUGCACAUGAGGAACUGUAAAAGAUCUAGGUGAUAGGUCAAGGCUAGUUGCUCGGUAGGUUGUCUAGUUGUCUUUUACACUGAUCUGUGGACAGUAUUCCCCAACCAUGUAUGAGAAACAAGAGGACUGACCUCUGAUUAAUAUAAAAGGGCAUCAUUACCUGCCAGCUUCUUAGGAAUGUCUGGGCAUCUUUCAUCCUGCUGUAACUUGCCAUUUUGCUUACCGUGAUUUGGCGCAAACAGUCCUGCACAUAUCACUUUUCCUCCUCUAUCAUACUCGCAUACUCCAGCUGCACAGGGCUGUACAAUCUGGACAAAAUACUAGUAUUGGGAUUAUAUUGCUGUAUAUUGUGAUUGUGAUACGCCUUGCAACAAAAAUGCACGGGUCAAUCAGUGUCAUUGAUAAAGAUUGUCCUGCAUUAUGUUGACCAAAAUAAUUCACUGUUGUUGUGUUUCGUACUUUGAAUAUGUUGAUUCAUCUGAACACCCACAGAAACAAGACUCUGGAACUGUGAUUGGUCAAAAUGCUCACUUCCCACAGUAAAAAUGUUGUGCUUGGUUAGAAGGCUCAUUUGCAUAUUGUAGCCUUUUGUAAAGAUCAGUAUUCAUAAUGAUUAACAAACUGUAUGUUGUGAUAUCUUCACAGUUGCAAAAAGUUUGGAACACCACCUGUCCAAGUACAUGUUUUAUUGAUUUUCUAAGUGAAAGUAAGUUAACACGUCCUCUACAGGGAAAUUUAUAUAUUUUUCUGCAGACUUCCGUGCACAGUUUCUGUUUAUUUGUCGUUAUUGAGUUCAACGUUUUAGAAAAAAUAAUAUAAAAUUAAAAAUAGUAAAAUUUUUGCACAGUCCACAUUAUAUGCUUUUAUUUUUUUCCAGUUUAGCAAAUAAACAGUUUGUAACUUGUGCGUUAAAACGUGUGUUCUCUGUAGAGGAGAUGAACUUGUUUACACGCGCUGUUUGACCAGGGACGCCCAAACUUGGCACUUUUAAUCAUGGAUGUGUGAAUGAAAAGUGUCGGGUGCUAACUGAACUGAAGUUACUUCUCUUUCAUUUAUCAUCAUGUGCCUUAGCACAGUAUACAGUUGUAUGCCAAAGUUUGGGCGGCCCUGGUCAGAUUACUUGCUUUAUAGAUUUUCUCAGUGAAAUAAUUAAUGCAUCCUCUACAGAGAACACACUUCUGCACAUUUUAAUGCACAAUUACUGUUUAUUUGCUGAACUAUUGUUCACUAUGUUAACUUUUUCAAUUUUCACUUUAAAAAAUCAACAAACCAUGUAAACCAUGGCGUGUUCAGACUUCUGAUGGUGUACAUGUGAAUCCACACAAAGAUUAAUUUAAACCUCAAUUACAGCCUGUAUAACUGGAUUGUCUCUCUUUUUCAUUUUAAAUGUGUUUUAUUUCAUUUGUAUCUACUGGAAUUAUACUGUGAAAGCUAUUUAUAACUUUUUUAAACAAUUUGCAGCUGGAAUGUUCUAUGAAUAAAGGUUUGUGAAAGUAUUUUCACUUCACUCUGGACAUUCCUUGUUUGCUUGUGUGCUGUUUUUAAACGCUUUUAUUGAUUUUGACCUGUUUUCAUCCUUUAUCUUGUUCCCUUGCUAAAUU